UAUAAAAUGGUGAAGGGGCACACCAAAUAUCUUGUGAGUUGUGACAAGAGCUACUCCAAUAUAAAAAAAGGUGUGUGUUCUUCCUUCCUUAACAGGUGAAGUGUUCUGCAAUCCUAGUACCCUUCAGAUCUUUCCCAUUACAUCCUUUUCCAUCUUCAUAUGCUGUCACUGACACUGUUACAGAACAAGACAGUGCCUACUCCAUCAUUCCAGGGUUGUCUCAUUCUUCCAGUGUCUUCUCAUUUCACUUGCUAUUUGUGAAACUGCACACCCUUUUGAGCAAGUUACUUUUUUUCGUUGUUAUUGAGAGAUGGAAAUGGAAGCUUUUUUAUGGGGUGAUGACAUUGAUGGAGAUGCCCCUAAGGGGAAAAGUGAUGGUUUUGGAGGGAACAAUGGGGUAAUUGGAAGUGGGUGUGGUUCGUCUUUCUCUCUGGUUUUGGAUGGGGAGAGAGGGGAGCUUGUGGAGGCACCUGUGAAGUUGGAAAGGAAAGGGGUGUCCACUGAGAGAAGCAUUGAAGCUUUGAAGAGCCAUAGUGAGGCAGAGAGGAGAAGGAGGGCAAGGAUAAAUGCACAUCUUGAUACACUUCGCAGUGUCAUUCCAGGUGCUAUCAAGAUGGACAAGGCGUCAUUACUUGGCGAGGUUAUUAGACAUUUGAAAGAGCUUAAGAAGAAUGCAGCACAAGCAUGUGAAGGCUUGAUGAUUCCAAAGGACAAUGAUGAAAUAAGUGUUGAAGAACAAGAGGGUGGGUUGAACGGUUUUCCUUAUUCAAUUAGAGCAUCACUAUGUUGUGAAUAUAAACCCGGGUUAUUGUCUGAUAUAAGACAAGCACUAGAUGCUCUUCAUCUCAUGAUAAUAAGGGCAGAUAUUGCAACCUUGGAAGGCAGAAUGAAGAAUGUGUUUGUGAUCAUUAGCUGCAAAGAACAGAACUUUGAAGACGCCGCGUACCGGCAGUUUCUCGCCGGAUCUGUUCACCAAGCUCUUAGGUCUGUGCUCAAUAGAUUUUCUGUUUCACAGGACCUGUUAGGAACCAGGAAAAGAAGGAGGAUUUCUAUAUUCAGUUCUUCAUCUUUGGAAGAUUUCUUGUAAUGUCACUUGUUAAGAAUAAGUUAAAUCCCCAUAUCUAUACCAAGUUUGAAUAUGAUGAGGUGGUGAGUGAUAUAGUUGUAGUAAUUUCGUCAUGGGCCAUGUAAACUCAUGUAUACAUAAUGAAAUGUUACUCUUCCAUGAUUUAUAACGUGGACAUGUACUUCUUUGAAGACAAAUCAUGUGAAAAGAUAAUGGGCAUCUUAUUUGGGGUGUACAAAUAUUUAGGUGCUUUGAAAAAUUGGUUGAUGGCUAAUUGAUCAUAGUAGCAUCUUUUAGUCUUUUGAUCAAGACAAAAUGGAGUCUUCUAUGAUAUUGUACCUUGUUUAUAGAAGGGUGACUAUUGUUAUGAAUUGUUUUCAGUUAAACAAUAGAAAGCAAAGAAUUGUAAUGUGUUAUUUUGAAAAGAAAAAAAAAAAAAGUUGGCAAUUUGACAAAGGUUUAGCAAUGAUUUCUACUAAAUCCUAUGCUUUUGACUGCAGGAAAUUUUGACU